AAUGUUAUUUAUGAAUGAAACGUUGAAAAUAUCUGUAGUUUAUUUGGAUAUUGGGUUCCAAGAGACGCCAUGGAGGAAAAUAACGGACGUAAAUGGUUGCAACACAAUAAUAUUGUAAUGAUUUUCCUCUCGUUUGGUUCGUGUGCGGUACUUUAGACAGCCCUGCAUUUAGGUUUGUUGACAAACGCAGCUGUAUUUUACUUUAACAACAACAACAACAACCCAAUGUAUUGAACGUGCGUCGUAAAAGUAAUACAGCACGGUCAUAAAAUUACAAUUUUCAUGGUCAUUGCCAAUUUAUUUGUUAUACAUUCUCUUGUGCAUUCACUUUCUUAAUCGGGAAAACUCAUCAAACGCACAAAAUGUUUACGAAAUCGAUGGCAAUGGUACAGUUAAAAUAUAAAACCGCACCGGUGUUAAUGCCGAAGUCAAAAAAAAUAAUGAUUACACUUAACAGAAACAUCGCUUCUCUGAAAACCUGGGGUGUUUCCGGCAUGAUUUACGGCGUGACUGGUUUUGUCUUGUUAUGCUACAUGACAGAAUGGCGGGCUGUUCUGCAGUACGUGCCCUAUUACAACGGCAAGUACGGCGAUUUGGUAGAAGAAGAAAGAAUUGAAGCUAUUAAGUCGAAAGCCGAAGACAUAGAACGCCAUGAUAAUGCUGCAAAGGGCUAUGCGAAUUCGAAAACGGACAAACCGCAAUCAGAAAAUGACGCCAAGUAGUAAUAGGACAUAUUAUUACAUACAUUUAUUAUAUGUAUUUUACAUAGUUUGAAAAUAACUUAAUUGGUCUCUUUCUCAUUUAGUAUCUAGAACGUAAAAUAUGUUUAUACUAACUCAGUUUUUUAUUUUGUUUUAAAAUUUAAUUUAUACUGUUGUAUUUAAUAAUAAAUACUGCUUAUGUUAUUGAUAAA